CUAGAACAGAGUCUGCUUGUGAAGGGCAGCAAUCACCCUUCGUGCUGGGGCUUCCCAGGAGAUGAGCUCAGCUAGGCCGCACCUCAAGGCCAUGGUGUGAACAGAGCACAGGGACAUGAACGCUCUGCCACUGAAGCUGGUGGUCAGUGCUUGGCCCAGUGCCAGGGUGAGGAUCCAAGCGCAGGAGAGUGCCAGGCACAUUGAUGAAGUUGCCAUGGAAGCUUCAAACAGGAAUGUUACCAGUCCAACCCACAAAGUCCAAGCAAUCAUCCAGAAAAGUCCUCUGGACCUAAUAGACAUGGGCAAGGGGCUGAAGGUCCAGACCGACAAGCCACAUCUGGUGAGCCUGGGCAGUGGCCGGCUCAGCACCGCCAUCACCCUCCUACCCCUAGGAGAGGGGAGGACCAUGAUUGGCUCAGCUGCUAAGGACAUUGUUCUACAGGGGGCUGGGUUGGCCUCUGAGCACUGCUACAUUGAGAACGUUUGUGGGACCCUCACCCUGCAUCCCUGCGGGAAUGCCUGUGCUGUUGAUGGCCUGCAGGUUAAGCAGCCCACUCGCCUGACCCAAGGGUGCAUGAUCUGCCUGGGGCAGUCAACCUUCCUCCGGUUUAAUCACCCUGCUGAGGCCAAGUGGAUGAAAAGCAUGAUCCCAGCUGGAGAAAGGAGUCCUGGGGCCCCAUAUGGACUCAUGGCAGAAUCAGAGAGCCUCGUGAACGGCAACCACCAGCUGUCUCUGAAUGAUGUCCAUAAGGGGCAGGGAGUGAGGCCCCGGCCCAGCCACAGUUCCCUGGUCAGCUCUAUUGAGAAGGACCUGCAAGACAUCAUGGACUCUUUGGUGAUGGAGGACUCGAGCUCUCCCAGGAGAAAACUCUCUGCCCAUGCCCAGUCCCCUGUGUCCUCAGUGGUGAAUGGUGGUGGGCACUACUUCUUGUCCCCACCCUUGAGCCCUGGGGCCAUGUCUGUGGGCUCCAGCUAUGACAACGCAUCCCCACCCUUCUCCCCGGUUUCAUCCCCAGCCAGCAGUGGCAGCUACACUAGUCACUCUCCCAGUAGCCAGGAGCAGGGGCCGCCCCUCCCCCCAGUGGUGCCAGUGAGAUCUUCCAGCUACAACCAUGCCAUGCAGCCCCCACAGCAGCGGCCACUUCGACCUCCGGGUGGGGGCUCCAGCCUGGACCUGAGGAACAGCACCACAGGCACAAGUGGGACACAGCUUGCAGAGAGUCCCAAGAUGCAAAGGAGGGCAGUGCAUGGCGUUCCCCUGAGCCCCAAGCCUUGCCAGAGAGCCCUGCACCCUGAAGGCCCUGGGCUUUCAGCCUUCUCCAGUACCCGGAGAGCUGCUGAGAGCACACAGCCGGGCCAUCCUAACCAGCAUGUGCCCCUGGUGUCUGUAAGCCCAAGUGACUAUGUAACAGGGAGCCCCCAGGCUCAGCCUACCAACAUCCCCAGCAGCCCCCGAUUAGCACCCAAAUUUCAGUCACCGUCUUCUCAGAGGUUGAAAAUUGUGGCUCUUCAAGAGCGUCCACCUAGCCCCUUCAGGGAGGGCAGGGAGCCCCCUGGCAUUGACAGACACCUGGCCUCCAGCCCCUCCCGGCAGGCGUUGACAAGAGUCUUCCAGCCCCUGGAGACUGUGGGUUUCAUCCAUGUAAAUCAGGACAGCCGCUCUCUGCAGCCCCCUGAGAGUCCCAGAAUGGGCAGAAGGAGCGUGGAGAGCAUGAGGGAUUUGCCUCCCCUCAGCCCUUCCCUGUCUCGCCAGGCAGCACCCCUGCCUUCUGCCUUGUCUCCCCAAGCAAGGACCCCCCAAGAGAGUCCCUCACAGCAGACCAAGCUGGCCAAGGAGGUUCCUGAGAGCCCUCGCAUCCGGCGCAAGGCAGCCAGGCCCCUGGAGAGGCAUGAAGACUUCUCCUCGUCCUCCUUGACGGGGAAGAAUUUGAGAACCAGGAGCCCCUCACCCAUCUUCCAGGCAGAACUUGCCUCCCAGCGUAAACCCAGCUUUGGCAUCACCCUCAGCCCUGCAUACAGCCUGGGAUCGCUGGUUGUUCCCUCACCCCGUCAGAGCCCCCUGGUACAGAGGAAGCUGUCAGGAGAUCUGCAUCUGCCUGUGUGUACAAGGGAGCGCAAGAACAGCAUCACUGAGAUCAGCGACAAUGAGGAUGACCUGCUGGAGUAUCACCGCCGCCAGCGCGAGGAGCGGCUGCGUGAGCAGGAGAUGGAGCGCCUGGAGCGCCAGCGUCUGGAGACCAUCCUGAGCCUGUGUGCAGAAUACACCAGAACUGAUGGCACCACAGACGCAGGCAGCUCGCGUCAGCACUUCCCGAGUGACGGAGAUGCCACCACCAACAUCUUGACAGCCAGGAGGCACUCCAAGGGCUCCGCCAGCCUGGCUGCCUUGGGCCUUGGCAAGGCCAUAGAGGAGACUGGAGAGGCCACAGGGCCCCAGCAGAGGGAGAGCCUGGAGAAAUCAGAUGAGGAGAAUCUGAAGGAGGAAUGUAGCAGCACAGAGAGCACGCACCACGAGCACGAGGACUCGACAGGCUCCAAGACCAAGGAGGCUGCCCUGCUGGAGGAGGAAUGGGUGCGGGUGCUGGGCCACGUGGAUGAGCUCAAGAGCCAUGUCAAGGAGCUGGAGCAGCAGCUGCAGGAGUUGUCUCAUGAGGCGGAGAUGGAGCGGGCACUGCUGCAGGGGGAGCGGGAGUCGGAAAUGAUACAGUUGCAGCAGGAACAGAAGAUCGUGCAGCAGCUGCAAGAGAAACUGUGCGAGCUGGACUCCAGCAUCCAGAAGGAGCGGGACAUGGAAAGGGCAAAGGUUGAUGCUGAAAGGAAGGAGCUAGAGAAACUGCAGGCGCUUUACAAUGAGUCGAAGAGCCAGCUUGAUAACUGCCCUGAGUCAAUGCGGGAGCAGUUACAGGACCAGAUGAGAAGGGAGGUAGAGGCCCUGGAGACGGAAACCAAGCUGUUUGAGGAUUUGGAGUUCCAGCAGCUAGAAAAGGAGAGUCGCUUGGAGGAGGAGCGUGAGACCGUGAGCCAGCAGCUCCUGCAGAGCAAGGCUGAGUGCCACCGCAGUAUCGCCAAGAGGAAGGAGCGGGUGGCUGCAUUGGAAAGCCAGGCCAAUCACAUCUGGCUCCAGGCUGCCCAGGAGUCUGAGCGCCUUACCAAGGAGAAGAAUACCAUGCUGCAACUGCUGCAGAAGGAGAAAGAGAAGCUCGUCUCCCUGGAGAGACGGUACCAUCUUGUUACUGGCGGCAGGAGCUUCCCCAAAACAUCAUCUGCGCUCAAAGAGAUGGAGAAGCAGCUUCAGGUGGUCCCAGUACAGCUUUCUGCCCUGGAUUACAAGGCUGGCUUCGAGGCCUCCCCCCCUGCCUCUCCUCACUCCCCCCCUCCUCCUCUUCCUGCUAAAGCUCACUCUUCUCGAAAGCUGUUCCAGGUCUAUCGUGCUAAGAUGGACAGUGACACCAGCAGCACCCUCCCACGCACAAAGAGCGGGUCUGCAUCAUCCCCGCAGCUCAGCGUGGCCAUGCUGGGACGCAGCUCUUCCCCAAAGGGUCCCCUGCACCCACAGAAUGGCACAGGUAGCCUGCCACGGAACCUGGCAGCCACACUGCAGGACAUCGAGACCAAACGCCAGCUGGCCCUGCAGCAGAAGGGGCAGCAGGUGAUUGAGGAGCAGAAGCGGCGCCUGGCGGAGCUGAAGCAGAAAGCAGCUGCUGAGGCGCAGUCCCAGUGGGAAGCCCUGCACGGGCAGCCUCACUAUCCCCCUUCUUCCUACCCUCCGCUCAUGCAUCACUCCAUUCUCCAUCAUCAUCCUCCCCCUGGCAUCGGGCACCGGGCCGAGGACAUGGACCACGCCUAUGACACACUCAGCCUGGAGAGCUCAGACAGCAUGGAAACCAGUAUCUCCACUGGUGGCAACUCAGCCUGCUCGCCUGAUAACAUGUCCAGUGCCAGUGGAGUGGAAGCAGUGAAGAUUGAGGAGAUGGAGAAGAUGCUGAAAGAGGCCCAUGCAGAGAAAUCUCGCCUGAUGGAGUCACGGGAGCGGGAGAUGGAGCUGCGGCGACAGGCCCUGGAGGACGAGCGCAGGCGGCGGGAGCAGCUGGAGCGGAGGCUGCAGGAUGAGACGGCUCAUCGGCAGAAGCUGAUUGAAAAGGAGGUCAAGAUGCGAGAAAAGCACUUCUCCCAGGCUCGGCCCCUGACCAGAUAUCUCCCCAUCCGCAAGGAGGAUUUCGACUUGAAGACACAUAUAGAGUCCUCAGGCCACAAUGUGGACACCUGCUAUCAUGUCAUCCUGACGGAGAAGAUGUGCAAGGGCUAUUUGGUCAAGAUGGGCGGCAAGAUUAAAUCCUGGAAGAAGCGUUGGUUUGUCUUCGACCGUAUGAAACGCACAGUCUCCUACUAUGUUGAUAAACAUGAGACGAAGCUCAAGGGAGUGAUCUAUUUCCAAGCCAUAGAGGAGGUUUAUUAUGACCAUCUCCGCAGUGCUGCUAAGAAAGGAUUUUUCAACCUCAGCCUAGCAAAUCAACUAGCAGAUAUUCUCCCCAUUCUCUUCCACAGAGAGAGUCCCAACCCAGCUCUUACCUUCUGCGUCAAGACCCACGACCGCCUCUAUUACAUGGUGGCACCAUCAGCUGAGGCCAUGAGGAUCUGGAUGGAUGUCAUUGUGACUGGAGCAGAGGGCUACACCCAGUUCAUGAAUUGAUGGGGACCAGGAGUGCUUUCGGUGGUGCUGUUCCAGACCUGCCUUCUCCUCUUCUCCCACUGACAGUGCCAAGAUGAACUGGAGGCCCCACCACCACCUGGAUACAGCAGACAGCCAUUUCCAUCCCCAUCACCUGGGGUGUUUAGCCUGCAGCAAGAAGAUCUUGACUACAGAGGCGCUGCCUCCCAUGCAGAUGUUGCCUGUGUCAUGCCCUUUAGGCCCUGGUUGGUUAAACCUGCCUGCUGACUAGAGGGGCCUGGCCCCAGGUGCAGCACUCUUGCCUUUUUCCCAAGAGAGCUUUGGGUUGUUAUUUGAAUAAAUGUGGGAGAGUUGGGUUUUUUCAGUGGGAGGGAGGAGGGGAAUGUUACAAAAAUAGGAAAAAUCAGCCCUGUAAAGCUAUGGUUUUUUGUUACAAAAUCCUUAUUUUUUCAUAUUGUAGCCAUUCCUUGUGGAAUCGCUGUAGCGUUUUCCCUGCCGCCUGCACCAAAUGCCUUGCGCUUUCUCUUAAAUGCAGUGUGGGUGAUAAGAGCGAAGGCAUGUGCCUAGCUAGUGCCCAGGCAUGGUGUAAUCACUCUCAGAUGGAACAGAGAGGUGUGCAGAAAGGCUGGCACAGAGGCCUAGCCAAGAGGGUUUUUUUAAUAUAUGUAAUAGUACAGAACAGACUUUUUUAUUCUUCAGUGGAAACAUAUCAAUAGGCUGAAAGGUACAAAACCGAAGAGCUGCCAAAGACCAUCCCACGGGUUCCAGUGCAAACUAGGCCUGAAGCUGUUGGAUUAAGGAACUAAGCUAUCUAAAUGCUGCCACUUUUUUAAAUGGGAGAUUGUUGGGCAUCACUAUGACAACUGCAUCACAGACACAUCUAGUACAUCCUACCAGCACCUGUGACCAGACCCCAGUUUGCUCCACUGUCUACUUGACUUGUUUCCUUUUCUUGUGCCAUGCUCAACAGUGCCAAGGCUGCUGCAGGUGCCAGGAUGUGCACCAUCACCGUCCUGCCAGAUUUACUGCAGUGAGGGGUCUAUCCAUGCUAGACAUCUCUCUGCUUUCCUGUGCCUUGACCACCUCAGAGUCUGGGCAUCAGCACAGGCCAGGUGCCUGGUUGGAAGGUUCUCAUGGGUUACGGUGUUGCGUAAAGCUACAAGUAACUGUGCCAGGUGUGCAAAUGCUGUGGGAUGAGGGGGAAUAUUUAUAUCUGCCAGGCUUGUGAUCUCUCUCAUGCACUAGGCACCGAGGUACAGUCUAAUGAAACCAGUGGCUUGUUCUUCUGACGCUAAGUAUCAGAGGGGUAGCCGUGUUAGUCUGGAUCUGUAAAAGCAGCAAAGAAUCCUGUGGCACCUUAUAGACUAACAGAUGUUUUGGAGCAUGAGCU